GCCUUGUCCCCUCCCCACAUCCCGGUGACGUCACGCAGGCCUGGAGAGAGCGCGAGGAGUAGCGGUAGAGCACUUUAGCGGCGAGAGCUUCGCGGAGUGUUUGGAGAGUCGGGGGAACCGAGUGACAGGUCGUGCAGAAACAUGCAGCCAGCAUCUGCAAAGUGGUACGACAGAAGGGACUAUGUCUUUGUUGAAUUUUGUGUCGAGGACAGCAAAGAUAUAAAAAUAGACUUUGAGAAAAAUAAAUUAACGUUCAGUUGUCUUGGGGGAGCAGAUAGUCUUAAACAUUUAAAUGAAGUUGAACUUUUCCAGUCCAUUGAGCCCAAUGAGUCCAAACAUAAGAGGACAGACAGAUCGGUUUUAUGUUGUUUAAGAAAAGCAGAAUCUGGGCAAUCUUGGCCGCGGUUGACAAAAGAAAAGGCAAAGCUCAACUGGCUUAGUGUCGAUUUCAACAACUGGAAAGAUUGGGAGGAUGAUUCUGACGAAGAUAUGUCAAACUUUGACCGCUUCUCAGAGAUGAUGAAUAAUAUGGGAGGAGAUGAGGAUGUAGACUUACCAGAAGUAGAUGGCGCAGAUGAUGAUUCACCUGACAGUGAUGAUGAAAAAAUGCCUGACCUGGAGUAAGAAGAUAACAUCUUUUUGGGAAGGGGUGGGGGGUGGUUAGGAAAAUUAAAUUGGUUCACUUUGCAACAAAUACCUACACCCAAGUUGUAAAUACAGUUUACUGAAUACUUCCAGUCAACCUUGUUAGUCAAUGAUCACCACCUGGCUUUCACCAAAGGUAGAGAUUUUAAUUGCCCUGGGCACACAUCAAAUGAUUUAGCACCACAACACUUCUUAAAUAAAGUACAAUUGAAAGGGAAAUUCACCCAAAAA